GUUUUCUGAAGAGUUGGGACUAGAUUUAGAAGGAGACUCUGUUAGAAGGAGACAAAAUUCUCUGCUCCCAGCUGAUCAGGGAAGGAGUAAAGGUGAAUUAGGUACUGGUAGGAAGAGGAGCGGUGGACUUGAUUGGCUGGAAGGGUCCGGUAGUGACGUUGAAUACAAGCCGACACCGGCUGAUCAGGGAAGGAGUAAAGGUGAAUUAGGUACUAGUAGGAAAAGGAGCAGUGGACUUGAUUGGCUGGAAGGGUCCGGUAGUGACGUUGAAUACAAGCCGACACUGGAACGUGCUGGAUCAAGAGAUUCAGUGCCGACCUUAGAGAGAGAAACUAUGAGUAAUAAGGCUUCUGUUGGAACAAGGGGUGAACUGGACUGGUGUAGUGGAUCAGGUAGUGACAGUGAAUACAAGUCCAACUUGACCUCUGCUUCACGUAAACUAAAAGGGGCUAAUGAACUGACGGUGGAGAACAGAAGUGCAGGGGAUAAGCCAAUGAGUGAGAGGAGGAGGGGCAGUGGACUGGACUGGCUAGGUGGGUCUCGCAACGAAAGUGAACAUAUCACAUCUGGGUUAUUGGGUGGUUCUGGAAGACGGCGGGGCCGUCAACAGCCACAAACUGACUUGUUAGGCUUUGAAGGGGAAAUUAAUAGUCAGGUUUCAAAAACUGAAAAAACACCAUUUGCCCAAAAAGAUCAGCCAGUGGACUUGAUUGAAAGGCCCAGUUUUUUCCCGGGAGAACCAACCAAUAAAAAUUUUGGAGGUAUUAAACAAGAUGAAUCGUCUGGAAUAGAUAAAAAUCAAGUAAAACACAGUGAAGGGGAUGAUUGGUUACUUCUGAAGAAAAAGUUUGAAGCAAAUAAAAGUCCUGUUUCUCCAAAACUAGUCUCAAAAACUGCCUCGCCAAGUAAAUCAGAGGCCACUGGGAGUUCUCGACUUGUUCAGUUGUCUCCAGCAAAAAGUGUUGUGGGAAAACCUUUAAAUCAGGAACUUUCAGACCAUAGAGUAGAAGAUGUAGCAGUUGGUGCAUCACCGUAUGUGUCUACAGGAUUUAUUGCCACACCCACUGUGGUGAAUACCCCUCCUAAUCCAAUAGUACAAGCUAACCAUGUUGAACUUGAAGGCUUGCUAAAAAGUCUACAUUUAGAAAGAGAUCAACUAAUACAAAGUAUGGAGGCCAUGAGGACAAGAUAUCAAGAAGAAAUGAAUCAUCUUCAGUCUUUUUAUCAAAACCAGCAGAAGACGACAGACGAAACUUUUCAGCUGAAAGAAAUUAG